ACCGUGAAACGUCAGUACCUGGCCCUCGAGGAAAAAAAAAAAAAAAGGAGCGAAAAAGGGAGCAGGGAGGGAAGAGAGAGAGAGAGGGAGGCGGGAGGGAAGGACCUGGCGGCAGCCACCAGCCCCAGCAGCCUCGGCACCGCCGAGUUUCGGUGAGAAGCACCCGGAUUCCGUGAACUUUCUCCUAAGCCGCCCGCCUCUCUCGGUUCCUCUUUGAGUAAAGGAAGGGGAGCGGCAGGGGGACCCCAGCGCUGGAAACCCCGGAGGAUGCCGCCCCAGGAUCCCGGAGCCACCGAGGAGGAGACGCCGGGGGAGGGGAGCAGCCCGGGAGGCAGUCUGUCCUCCUGAAACCGCGCGCGGGGAGGCCAGGAUGAGGCAGCGGCGCCCGGGUCUGCAGCAGGCGGAUGGCUGUGUCCUCGGACCCGAAGGGGCGUCUGUCCCCGCUCGCUGAACGCCGAGCCCGCCGGGGACCGUCGGGGACCGUCGCCUGAGCCCCGCUAGUCCUGCGCCUCCGGACGCGGGGCUCCUCCCGCCGCAGCAGCCCACAGCGCGGCUAGCCUGGGUCCUCCCCUCCCCGGGGACUUCCCCUCCCCGGGGUCCCCGGAAGACACUGAGCCCGUGGACUGAGGCGGCCAGAGGCCCCUGGAGACCCCCUUCGCCCUGGGAUCCCUCCCCGAGACGGCCACCCCGCGACCCUCCCAGACUCAAGCCCCCUGGGCCCCUGGGAGAAACGGCCUCCGAGACCCCGAGGGCAGGAGACACAGCAGCAGCCCUGGCCACCUCGUCCGCCCAGACCUGGGACUGGGCUUCCGCGUCCCGGGACCUGCCAGGCCCCUCUGAAGGCACCCCUGCUGUGCCCCACGCCCCUCCCAGCUCUCAGACACGGUCCACGGCGGUGGGGGGCGGGGCACCCAACAGUCAUGGGCGACAAGGACCCCAAAGGCGGCCAGGGGCCCUUCGCCGACGUGCGGGCAGCUGGUCCCUCCACAUCCCUGUGUCCUCCCUUUCUCGAGCUCUAAUCAUCUGUUCCAACCCUGGGGGACCUCGGCUGGGUGGCGAGCCCCCCUAGUCUCCAAAGGGGACCUCCAGUGGCGCUCACCCAGGGAGCCCUCUGGUGCCAGAGGCCCCUGGGAGAGGCUUAAGCCAUGACCCCCAGUGAUCCCAAGCCCCACCUCCCAGGGCUCCGGCCCCCGAGGGAGCAGCUGCCCUUCUGAGCGGCUGACUCUUGAUUCCACCACCAGAGCUCCAGUCCCGAUGGGCUCCGUUCAGCACCACUGCUGCCCGCAGCCGAAGAUGGGCGAUGCCUGGGCCCACCGGCCCUGGCCUGGGCCCCCGCGGCCCGCCCUGCUGCUGGUGCCCCUCCUGGUGGCGGCCGGGGUGAUUCCCUCCGAUGGCGGCGCCAGCUGCCCGGUGCUCUGCACGUGCCAUAACCAGGCGGUGGACUGCAGCGGCCAGCGGCUCUUCUCUGUCCCCCCGGAGCUGCCCGUGGACACGCGCAACCUCAGCCUGGCGCACAACCGCAUCGCCGCCGUGCCGCCCGGCUACCUCACGUGCUACCGGGAGCUCCGUGUGCUCAGCCUGCGCAACAACUCUCUGGUGGAGCUGCCCGCGGGCCUCUUCCUCCAUGCCAAGCGCCUGGCACACCUAGACCUGAGCUACAACAACCUCAGCCACGUGCCCGCCGGCAUGUUCCAGGCCGCGCACAGCCUCAUGCGCAUCGACCUCAGCCACAACCCGGGGCUGCACCGGGUGCACCCGCGCGCCUUCCAGGGCCUGGCGCAGCUGCGGGACCUCGACCUCAGCUUCGGGGGCCUGGCCUUCCUCAGCCUCGAGGCCCUCGAAGGCCUGCCCGGGCUGGUGACCCUGCAGAUCGGCGGCAACCCCUGGGUGUGCGGCUGCACCAUGGAGCCCCUGCUCAAGUGGCUGCGGAACCGCAUCCAGCGUUGCACCGCAGACUCUCAGCUGGCUGAGUGCCGAGGGCCCCCGGAAGUCGAGGGUGCCCCCCUCUUCUCGCUCACGGAGGAGAGCUUCAAGGCCUGCCACCUGACCCUGACCCUGGACGAUUACCUCUUCAUCGCCUUCGUGGGUUUCGUGGUCUCCAUCGCGUCCGUGGCCACCAACUUCCUCCUGGGCAUCACCGCCAACUGCUGCCACCGCUGGAGCAAGGCCAGCGAGGAGGAGGAGAUCUGACGCAGGCGCCCGGCGGCCCUCCACGCCGCCCACCACCACGGCCGGCUGGCCCCCGAACACCUUCCCCGGCCGCCCGCUGCGGCUCUGCGGGGCCCCAGUCAGCUCCGUCACGGCUCAGGCAGGGUCACGAAGCCACCUCUGUGUGCGCGUCUCGGGGGGGGCCAGGCACUGUGCUAGGAACUGGGGCUGCCAGCUGGAUCGGACCCCACCCUGGCCCCGAGGGCCCUGAGCUCCAGCAGAGGAGCGGGAAGCCGGAACUCUUCCCUUCCAGGCGUUUUGGCAGCGCGUCGAGUGAUGGAGGCCCGGAGGACAGGUCGUCUACUGUCGAGAAAAUCCGAGAGCGUUACAAGAACGGAGGCGAUGUGUGAAGCGCCUCAUCAGAAGGAACGUCUGCUUUGUCCGUAGACAGAGGAGAGCAGACACUGGCCGAUGACACGCGUGGCGUGUGGAGAGUGACAGCGAUCACUGUGACUUUGGAGUACAGAGCCGGGGCAGGACGGGACCAGAACCUCCCCCCCGACGCUCGAUCGGUCAACUCUGGGCCUCGCCCACACCUGCCUCUGCAGGGUGACAACGCCUGCGCACCGGCCCCCUAAGCCUCCUGCUCCCGGCAGCCGCCAGGUGAGACCCCCUCCGCCGACCGCCCUUGCCCCAUCCUACUUGGCCAGCUGUCGCCGCAGAGGAGCAGGUCCAGGCAGUGAACCCCCUGCAGCACCCUUCCCCUCCCCCGCCUGGCGCUCUAGCGUGGGCUUCCAAAGAGGGAGGCAGGAGUCCUGGCGCCCUGGGACUCUCCAUCCUGUGACUCUCCUUGUGCCCACACCAAGGGGUCCCUCAGGACAGCGCACCCCGCAUCGCAGCCCUGCAGCGUGAUCCCGAGGUCUGGCAGAGUCGGCCAGCACAGUCGUGACCGCAGGAGGGUUCGAUCCUCCUUCGAAGACACAGGCCCGUUUCAGCAUGAGAGUGAGAGCUGUUCACUGCCCAGCACCUGCUGGAGUCAGGCACAGUGAAGGGCUCUCUCCAGAGACAAUUCCCAUUCACCCACACAACAGUCUGCUGAGGUAAGCAUCAUCGUGCCCAUUUUACAGAUGAAGAAACCAAGUCUCAGACAGGUUAAAUCAUACGCUACUUAACAAGCAAAAUAAAACUCCAUUCAAGUUGGGGGACAUCACAAUGUCCUCUAACCUCCUCUGAGUUCAAAUUCCGAUGGGAUGAAGGUCCCGGAAAGGACCCGGCACUCUCCUGGGGCGCUUGUAAGUCUGUCAACUCAUUGAUUUCAAUUCUCCCAGGAACACUGCCUAGUGAGUGUAAUUACUCCAAUUUUACAGAUGGUUCAAUUGCAGCGGGUUGAGUCUCCUACCCCAGGUUACUCUAGAAGGAAGGGGCUGGGCAGCUCCAUUCAGGGCACCCUGUCUAACCGGUCAGUCAAAAAUCAAGGAACUUCAUGUGCAAAGCACAGUUAGCAACUUCAUCUUCAUCAUCAUUGGUCUCAUCGUCGUGAUCAUGAGCUUUCCCGUCUUUGUUCAGCGCGGGACAGUUUGUGAAGGGCUUUGUUAUCAUUCUCCUUGACUUUUCAUGACCUGGGUGGGAGGCAAACCACAAACACCCUUACACCUAUUUUACAGAUGGAAAAGUAGACUCCGGAGCAGGUACAACUCGUCUGCAUGGCAGGGUGGCAACUCAACUCCAUCUCGGUCCGCUUUCCAGGGCUUUCCUGGAUGCUUGAGGAAGAAAAUUCCUGAGAGGACUUGGCAGGGGGGCCCUUGAAUUCACAGCCAGCCGUGAAGAUCUCAGUCGAUAGGCUAAAUAAAGGGCAGUGACAUCCUGCAGGUUAGAGGUACUCGCAUCAGGGCAAAUCAUAGAAGACACCUGACUUGCAAAGUGUCAACGACACAUCAGAGCUGGUGGCCGUGGUGGCAGUCGUGCAGAAGAUAAGACCUCUGGGAAACAGGAGAGAAAGCUGUGUUCCCCAUCCUGCCUAAGCCUUUCUGUCUGUGUUGCAAGAGAUACAAAGGCAACAGGAAGCAGUCGCCUCUGCAGGAUAGGGGUCCGCUCUAGGACCCAGUCACAUAUGCUGGCAAGAUGGGCAGACACGAGAUUAAAUCGGGGACUUUCUACCAUGCCCUUGGCUCCAGUAAACAUGCCUCACCCAUGAAUGGAGAAGAAUGACAGAGCAUCUUCCAAGAAGUCUUCCCCGACUCCUGCUUGCCUGAGCUCGUCAACCAAGAGUGCCUGACACUUUGCUGGAACUGGGCUGCCUGAACCUUGUCUCCUCUGCGUCUCACGUACAACGUCUGGGCCAGAACUCUGCUCCCUGACAAUGGGAGUAGGACCGCACCCACCCUCUUCCACUGUGUCCAGGGGUCGGCAGACCAGGUUCGUUCUCUGCGGGUCCAGCCAACAACAAAAAGAGUAUUUGGGGAAGAACUGUUAGAAAUAACAGUCCUAACACAGUUAAACCUCCCACAGAGGGGCAUCAUAUACAUUUAUCAUAAUGUCUUAGAGACUCUGGUUUGCUGAAAUAUAGUUAACAUAUUUUAAGACAGGAUUUUUUUUUCCAUAGGACUAGACCAAACAACGGAGAAGGCAAUGGCACCCCACUCCAGUACUCUUGCCUAGAAAAUCCCAUGGAUGGAAGAGCCUGGAAGGCUGCAGUCCAUGGGG